ACUAAAUGCUUUUUAUUCAGUAAGGAGCUCAUUGAGGAGCUGAACCCUCCAGAGUCUCUGCAGUCAGUCAGUCAGUCAGUCAGUCAGUGUGCGCACACUUCAGCCUCCGAUUCUCUGAAAAUAUAGGUUCAACUUUCGUUUACUGGCUUUUAUCCCCACAACAAGCACUUUGGACUCUCCGGACUCUUUAAAUCUACUUUUAUUUGACUUGAUUUCUGGGCUGCACCGGGCUUUUCUCACAGGCUCUUGUGUUUUCCUGGUGAUGACCUCACUGCUGUUUCCUGGCAACGCCCACGCUGCGAUGAAGGACCUGUCCUCUUCCUCCACUCCUCUCAGCUCCCUGCUCCACUACCCGUCCUCCAAAACCUCUGUCGUGCCGUUCUCCUCAUCUGCCGGUGCCGCCGCCUCGCCUGGGUCAACACUGUCAUCGGCGCCGCUCUCCAAACCACAGCCCUUCUGCCUCCAGACGGGGCCGCACCUUCUCGCCAGCAUGCAGCUGCAGAAGCUCAACUCGCACUACCAGAACCUCGCCGGUGCUUCUGCCGGACACCCAGCACCCGGUGGCGCUCAAAGGGGCUUCACUGCCUCGCCUCUGGGCACAGGGAACCAGCUUCUGGGGCCGUCUGGAGGCCUCGGUGGUGGUGGGCUGGGCGUUGGCAUCAGCAUGGGGAACCAAAGCUCCGGCACAGGUGGAAUUAUCGACUUUGAUCCCGUGGACGAGGAGGUUCUCAUGUCACUGGUGGUAGAGCUGGGUUUGGACCGAGCCAACGAGCUGCCCGAGCUCUGGCUGGGUCAGAACGAGUUUGACUUCAUGUCAGACGUGCCGGCCGGGUGCUGACCUACGAGAAAAGAAACUAUCGAGAUUCAUAGGUAGCAGCGGAAUUGAUUGGCAAAGAGAGCGAAGACUUUCUCUCUGUUUUGUUGUUCUCUUUCCUCCCUUUUCUUGGUUGAUAAAAUGAGGAAACGGAAGAGACGCUGAGCAAUAAAGAGAGAGACAUUAGAGGCAUACUCUUGUUUCUAUUUUGCUUUCAUACUCUAUGUGCAGACAGACUGAUAAAAGAAAAAAAGACAUGUCAUUUUAUUAAUGCAGAAAAAGUUUUUUGCUUCAUUCAAUCAGUGCAUUUUUCUUUUCUUGGAUGGAACUGGUGGUUGAAACCAACCUGAUGGGAUUAAGAAGUCUUUGGUUUUGGCUCAUCACACUCUUGAUUUUUUCCUUUUCAUUUAAAGAAAACAAAAACAAAGCAGAAACAAGGACUGUUUCUGCCACUGCUCCGUCACGCUGGCUUAAUAAAAACGAUAUGGUUGGAGACGUUUCUAACCUUUUGGAUUAAAAAAAAAGCAGUAAAGAUGACAUCGACACACCUAUCGGACUUUCUUAGUUCUGUUCUCUCUCCAUCAGCUUAAAGCAACACCAAAUAUUCUUUUGUAUCUUAAAAUAAUGUUUCCAAAAUUGUUUCAGUGGUUCAUCAACUCGUAACAAGGUGAACGGCACUUCUGCAUUUGCUUUGCGGCCCUCUAUCGGCUAUAACCGCACUAUGCAAGUUUGCCAGAUCGGGUAGCGGAUCUGUAGUUUGAAUUAGACAUAAUGGACACAAUUUCGCUUCCAACCUGUAGGGGGACCGAAGAGGAAAAGUGCUUUGGUGUUGCUUUAAGGAAGCGUGACAUUAUGGGAGAUUUGUGAAGGAUGUCAAACACCAUGUUUCCUGUUUUCUUAAAGGACAAUAUUAGACUCUGGUCUCACGGGAAAGAGACUCCUGUCUCUCGACUUCACAAAGACACUGAUUGUCUGAGAACUGGUUAUCUCAAUGUACUUUUCUUUCCUUACCUUUUUUUUUGUUUGAAUUAAGUUCAACCAGUCGCAUUCUCAGAACUUGUUAUUUAAGACAGUGGCUGAUAUCCCUCUGGACUUCUGGACAAGGAGCGCUUCUGUAGCGUGUCUAUAAUCGGUUCUACUUUUCUGAACAUAAUGAAUUAGAUCAAGGGAUGGGGAAUCUUUCGGAGCAUGGGACCUGAAUGAAGUAAAUUGUUUCUUGCUCUGGAACACAGCCUCAUUAAACCUCAUUAAAUCGAGGCCUUGUGAGUCGCCA